GUUUGACCGUACAAACUUCGUCGGAAAUCGCGUCAUUAAAUUUUUCAACUAAUAACGCACGCAUAGCUGCUUUAUUAAAACCCUCGUCAAACCGAAAAGUCAUCCGUGAGGCUGCACCACAUGAACGUAAAUUAUUUACACUCGUUGAAGAACUAGGCACAACACCACGGGAAGAAUUAGAACAGCCCACUCCAUUACGCGGACCCGAUCCUGUGACUGUCGAUAAGAUAUUACGAGCUGCUAAUGAUGCCAAAGAGCAAAUUGAAUUCUUGGCGCAACGUCACGAAGAAAUCACGUCUUCAAUAGACAAUCAAGUUAAUAUGGGUGAUGAGGCUUCAUCUUCAGGCAAUCAAAUGUCAAAGAUCGAGGAAGAUAUUUGGCAUCAUGAAAAAGAAAUCCUUGCAUUAGAAAUGAUAAAAAAGGAGUAUAUAAAGAAGGUGAACUCUCUUGAUGAAGAAUUAGCAGAGCAAAAACACCUAGAAGAAGAGGAAGUCAAAUUAAAUCAUCGUUUGGGAAUGUUAGUUUUAAAUGAAGACGAUGACUUUGAUGAUAUGGAUGAUUCCGAUGAUAUAGUGGUUAGCCAUGAACUAGCGGAGAGGAUGCAACUUCUUGAAUUUAAGAAAGAAAUCCUUGCGGAAUUAGAUCAAAGCGAUAUUGAUCUGAAUGUCUCAAUACCGGUUCCAUCGCAACAAGCCAUUAUUGCUGCAAUGAUUCUACAAAUGGUUCGUAACGUAGGAGGAGAAAUACCACUUGCUGAUCUUAAGGACCAGAUUAGUCGAGCUGCGCGCGAGAAAGGAUGGCAAGAAAGAGAGGGAAUAAAUGCCCUUUAUCUUCUU